GUCUCUGUCUCUCUGUCUCUGUGUGUGUGUGUCUUGUCUCCUCCCCUCCCCUCCCCUCUCCCCCUCCUUCUGCCUCUGUUCCCAUCUCCGGCUGCCAGGUUUUCAGCAUCUCCGACUCUCGGCCUGGGUCUCCCCGCCCCGGCCCCUCCUCCGGCCCCUCCUCCCGGCCCUGCCCCCGCCCCCCCGGCCCGCCCCCGGCCCUCCGCAGCCUGCAGAGGGCGUCCCCGGGCCGGGGCCGGCGCCGGGCCGGUGUUUGUGUCGCUGUCCGGCCGGGCGGGUCCAGAGCUAAGCGUUCGGAACUCCGGCCGGGUGCCCCCCUCGCGCGCUGCGCCCCGUGCGCUCUCCGCGGCCGCGCCGCCACGUUCCGUGCGCCCAUGGCCGGCCCCGCGCUCCUGCGGCCCGGGCCGCCCCCGCCGCCGCCGCUUCUGCUGCUGCUGGCUGCGCUGCUGCCCCUCGGCCUGGGCCUGGGCCUGGGCAGCCCCGGGUGCGGAGCGCGAGUGGACGUGUGGCUGCGGCGGCCGCAGGCCAGCUACACUCUGCAGGGCGCCCUGCUGGGCGGGCCCCCGCGCAUCGCCCCGCCGUCGCCCGGAGCCGGAGCCGGAGCCGGACUGCAGGGCCGCCUGGUGCUGGUGGGGGAUGAGGAGCCCCAGCUUCAAGCCGGUGAUGACUGGAUUGGAGUGGUCCCAGUGGGUGAGGAGCAGGUGGAGGCCCAGGGAACUGGCCCUGAGGAGUCCUUCACCUCCGCUGUGGUCAACAAGAUGAAGCGAGCUCUGGUCCUAGGAGCUUCUGCCCUGCUCAUCCUGGCCUUGAAUCAGAAUGCCGUCCGAGAGCUGGAUGUGUCCCAAGUCCUUUCCAAGCCGAUCAUUGUGGUCCAGAUGUCUGAUAACGUCACUAAACUCCUGAGCGCCUUGUUGGGGGGCCUGCAGGCCACAGCCAAGAUCACCUCUCAGGCCAUGCUGCUGGAGAACGUGGGCCUGACACUGACCCUGUGGUCCACCUGCGGCCUGUCCCGGGGUGGCCUCUACGGGGAGUGGCAGGGCGUGAUCUGCCCUGGAGAAAGUGGCUCCAGGGUCCAGAAGUACCUGCAGAAGCUGUGGAAUACCAUCCUGCUGGUGGCCUUGCUCUUGUGUAUGGGCCUCAUCAUCCAGGUGCGGCGGCAGGCAUGGCAGGGCCCGGCAGAGCCCGACACCCAGCUGGACCCCACGCAGCACAUCUUGCAGACGCUGUCAACCCUAAAAACCCGGCGCUACCAUCCAGGCCGCCAGCACCGGGCAAAUGUGCCCGACAUCCAGACCUGUGCCAUCUGCCUGGACCAGUUUCACAGAAAUCAGUGUCUCAGGGUCCUGCCUUGUCUCCAUGAGUUUCACCGGGAAUGCAUAGACCCCUGGCUGCUCCUUCAACAGACCUGCCCCCUGUGUAAACACAACAUCCUCGGGAGCUCUUGGGCUGAGAGCUAGCCCCAGCCCCGCCCCAGGGGACCAAGGGGCAGAGAACUCCAUCUGAAAGGUGCCCAGGCUGUCUGGGCUCACACGGCGGUCUCAAGGAACAUUGUGCCUCGAUCGUUCAGAACAAGAUCAUCUCGGCUGGGAAGGCCUCCACCCAGGAGCAAAAGGCCCAUGCUGCAUCACCCCUCCCCUGGGAGGGAGGCCUCUGGGCUGAGCCCAUGGUGACAGCAGUGGGGCUGUGGGGGGGCCUCUGUGGAACCCAGGGCUCCUGUGGGGGAGCACGGUCUGGCCUGCAGGUGCUCCAUCGAGGCUAGGCCAGCCUGGUGGGGGAGGCCGCCUGGGCAGGGACUGGAUCGUGAGUGACCACCAGGGAGCAGCCCCUGUGCUCUUCCUGGGGGCUUAACUUCAUACUAAUUUAUUAGGGUUAAUACUGCCUGGAAGGGGCUGGAUGGGAGGGCCUGACCCACUGGGCACAUCUGUGUACAGUGUAUAACAUUAAAUCAGAGUCACUUGCA